GGCAAGAAGAAGGCGAAGCUCACCGGCACCCCGGACGUCGUGCGCUUCAAGGGCACACGUGAGUACUGCCUACUCCAGGAAUGCAAAGAGAUCCAGGAAAGUCUUCCUUUUGUUGCUACCGAUGCUCUGGAUGAGUUCGCAUACAAAAAGGUCGCUCGGUUCCUGAACAUGGUCGGCCUACUAGCCGAGUAUUUGGGUAUCCACUCCAACAAGGACUACAGGUUCAACUUUUUUCACCGGCUUCUGUCGCCGACGCCGCAGUUCUUUCCCAUGGGCUUCGACGUCAACGUCAUCCGACAGGCGAGGGAAGCCCAGGAAAGACCUGGCGUAACCUUCAAUGGAGUGCUGCAUACGUACCCGGACGAGAUCAAGCUCUUAGCAGAGAGCUUCUUGAAAGAGGUCGACAGCACCAUGACGAAGAUUGCAAGUGAGAUUGAGCCGCGACUCAAGGAUGACUUUGCAACUGGUCUCCCACGCUUCAAAUCGGAGUUGAAGGAUGACAUUGAGCUCUUCGAUCGUCUCUGGAUGGAUUUCGAGGAGCGCUUUGUCAAAGCGCGCCACGAGAUCAUGACCAAGGUCUUUGAGAACGUGGAGCAAAUCAUCACUGUAGAGCUUGAGCUGACGCAGUCAGAGGAGCGACGAGAUAUCGAGGCCAAGCAGCGGUUGGAGAAUGAUUUCGUCUCCGUUGUCGAGCAGUUCACCAACAAGCUGUUUCCCGAGACUGCGUCUGACAAGCUCCCGACCGAUGUAAUUCCGCUGGCUGAAGCCUGCAUCUUCUAUGAGUCCAAGUGCACAGAAGAGUGGCUUCAUCUGGCCAAACAUCUCAUCUACGUGCCUUGGGUCGUGUUUGAGAUGUUUUGGAGUUUGGGGUUCCAUGGGUUAUAUGCCGUGCGCUUGUCAGUGCUUAAGUGGGCCAGGCGGACACGGUCUUGCAGGGUAGGUUCUCGGCUUGCUGGGUAG